AUGUUGGAACUCUCAAAUCAUCAAAGAAAAGAGAUGAUGAGUAUGAGUAAAAGAGGGUAUCGAGAUAAACGUGCAAGCAAGUCAAAGGUCGAGCCUGCUCGAAUCUCCGCUAUGGUGCGAGAAGAGAAUGAAUGUUGUCGUCGUAGGCUUUUAGCGUGCCGAAGAAACGAAGGUUCAAUGUGCAAUCUUGCAAUUGGAACUCUCAAACGCGGGCCCGGCGGCUCGCUCACUGUGGAGGUCAUUUCAUCCGACUUGUGGUUCGCUUUGUGGUGA